GUUGUCACGAUCAAAUGGUACCCCUGGAAACAACAAUAAAAACGGCGUACGUAGCUAGCUAGCUAACUUGCAAGAAAUACAAUACGAGUAAAAGACAAAAAGACGCCCAGUCUCUCGACUGUUGCUAGAGACUCCAAGAGUGGAACCAUGGAUGUGGUGCGGUUAUUUACAAACCUACUAGCAGUGCACAGACAGCAGCUACAGGCCCUGGCUGUACAGGGGGAGAUACAGACUGAGGCUCUGGCACAGUUACUGGAGAAGGAGGAGCUCAGGAGAAUGGAGCCAGAUGUGAAGCUGGAGGAGGUGAAGGAUCCUGAGGCCUACCUGCUGCUUUUGGAGGAGGCAGACUCCAACUCCAGGCUUUCUAAUGUGAAGUGGGGGUUCCUUGGCGGGGAGUGCCUCAGGUCAGGCGAGCCAAACUACGAGACACUGAGGGCCAGCCUGCAGAGCCAAGUCAGGGCAGAAGAGAGCCGACGGCAGGAGGACUUCAGCUAUCUGAGGUACGACCCUGAGAGAGGGCCCAGGGAGUUGGGGCAGGGACUGGAAAGUGCUGCCCAGCACUGGCUUCGGCCUGAGAGGAGAACGGCUGCGGAGGUGGUGAGGUGUGUGGCCCUGCAGAGGUUUGUGUCACUCCUGCCCACACAUCUUGGAGACUGUGUGCUGAAACAGUGCCCCCAGGACAUGGAGGAGGCUAUCUACAUGGCUGAGGAGUACCUGAACAACACACCUGGGGAUAAGUGCAGUGAGAUGGACAACCACACUGAUGGAGAGGGAUACCCUGCAGAACAACUGAGAGAGGAAGAAGCAGGACCUACAGAACAUCAAGUUAACAGUGAGAAGAUGAAAGUCACAGGACCAGGGUUAUUUCUGAAGAGGAUAGAAUUUUCUAAAGUCUGUCAGUCCAGUACUUUCAAUAUAGAUGCCAGACAUCUGGAGGACAUUUAUAGUGAGGAGAGGAGACUUGAUGGGGAAGAUGAUUUGGUUGAGGAAGACAAUUUUUCUGAACAUGAGGACUGGAUUAAGGAGGAGAUAAAAUACAAUAACCAGGCUGAGGUAGAGGAUGAGAUCAGGUCAGCCUCUGAGAUGGGACAGUCUGCUGAUGUGGCUAGAAAUACUGAGAAUGUUGAGAGAAGUCAGCUUAGAAACAUAGCAAAUCAGAUGCCUGUCUUUGGAAGGGCCAAGAGAGGUGUAUCUGCCCCUGUCAUCUCCUCGUCCAGCCCUAACACCGCCGAGACAGAGGGAGAAACACCCUGCUGCCUGAAGCGGAAAAACAAAGAAGAUCCCUUCCAUAGACCAAGCCACUGCUGUCAUGACUGUGGUAAGAGCUACAAACGGGCUGCUUUUCUCAGCAAACACAGUUGCAGUGCCUUCCCUAAGUUCAUCUGUCCUGAUUGUGCCCAAGUCUUUGCCUCUCAGAAAUGCCUGACCCACCACCGCAGGAGCCAUAAUAAGGCUCUAGGCUGCUCUGAGUGUGGAAAGCAGUUUAGGGACAAGUAUAAUCUGAAAUGUCACAUGAGGACCCACACAGGUGAGUCCCCUUAUACCUGUACAGACUGCGGGGAUGUCUUUGCUCAGCUGAAAGGGCUGCAGGAGCACAGGAACAUCCACACAGAAGAAAGGCCAUUCCGCUGCAGUGUGUGUGGGGAGGGCUUCCACCAGAGCCACACCCUAACAAAACAUAAGCUUCUUCACUCCCAGGAGUCUUUCCUCUGUACUCGCUGUGGAAAGAGUUUUAAACUAAAUGACGACUUGCUAAGGCAUCUGAGGACGGUACAUGAUGAAAGCAUGUACCUCAAUGGAGAUCAGAGUUUUCAUAAGAAUGGAGACAUUUCACCAAGGCCCUAUUGGAAUUGACUCUAUUUAAAAGAGUCCCCACUUAAAAUUUUCAACAUACUUCUUAUUAUUGGUGAGACUUGCGACGCAAACGUCACAGUUUAAAUCUUCGUCAUAAUAAGUCUUAUUAGUGGGGCUUGCGAAGCAUUCUCUUACAUUGUUUAAGCUAGAAACAUCAUUCAAACUUUAAAACGUGCAGAACAGUCAGGACCAGUGUGCUUGCAUUCAACUUUUUGAUAUAUUAUAUUGUUUUUAAACUAUUAAGCUUUUUGUCCUUUUUCACUUUCAUGGGAUUUCUUCAACAUUCUAUAUGUCCAAUUGUGACAUCAACUCCCAGAUUUCUAGCAUUCCAUUUACUUUGAACAAUGAAACUUUUGACAAAAACCUGAUACCACUUUCCCAACCAUUUUGACAAAAAGUUAGAGCAUAUGAACUCUUCCUCUACUUCUUUGCUAUUCAAAUCUGAAAUUGGAACAAAAAUCUCAUACCGAUCAAACAAUACAGCUGUUUUACUAACUGCAUCAAUAACAUUUCUAUGAACUUUUUAUAAACAACUUAAAUUUGGACCACUUUCCCAAUCAGUUAGACAAAAAGUUAGAGCGUAUUAGAUCUUUGUCUACUUUGGUAUUCAAAUCUGGAAUCAGAACAAAAUUAUUUACUACUAAUCAAAAGUUACAGCUGUCUUGAGUUUAGAGUGAUGAAAAGCAGCAAGCUAAUUACAUGGGUUUUAAUGAGAACCAUAGGAAUACAGAGGUAGAUAUUCAAAAUGGUUUCGCUUUUGGCCAAUUAAGCUACAAGACCAACUUUAAAACAGUCAGGCUAUCCUAACUUCAAAUUCUUUGAAAUGUCUAACUACAUACAUUUUUAUUCAUUUGCAUAAAAUAACUAUUGAGCCAUUCAAGCUAGAGAGAACAAACCAACUUUCGCAUGUUCAGGCUAUCCUAAAUUUAACAUUUUUGUAACUAUAUACAUUUCCAUAAAAUAACCCACCAACAGUAAUUCUUGAACCGUUCAAGCUAGAGACAUCUGUUGCUAAGGAUACUCACACACACAGAGGAACACAUGGGGCAGCGCAGGGAGCAAAGGACAGACAGAGACAAUUCUGCUAUGGAUACUAGCGGUGAAAGUUAUUGUAUUUCUAAUUUCGGGUUGAGCAAUCGGGGUAGGUUAGGGCCUGAACGUCGAUGCCAUGGGUAGGUUUCUGCUUUUUUUUCUUUCAAACUUCUAACCACUUUCCCAUCAGGGCUAGACAGAAACUUAGUGUAUGACAUCUUCCUCUACUUCACUGCUAUUCUAAUAUGUUCCCAGACUCCGCCAAUAACAUCGAGCUAAGCACCGCCGUCACUAGCUUCAUAAGGAAAUGCAUCGGUGACGUUGUCCCCACGGUGAAUAUUCUUCCCCAAUCAAAAGCCCUGGAUUAACACUGAGGUUGGUGCUAAACUUAAGGACAGGGCUACCACACACAGGGCUAUCACAGACAACCCUGAGGCUACGGCUAAGGACAGGAACAAGUUCAAGUCCCGCAAUGAUAUAGUAAUAAGGUGGAAUCAUACUACACAGGCUCCGACGCCCACCGCAGGUGGCAGGGGCUACAGUCCAUUACGGAUUACAAAGGAAAACCCAGCCAUGAUCUGCCCAACGAUGCCUCUCUUGCAGACAAACUCCAUGGAUUUUAUGCAUGCUUUGACAAUAACAACACUGUGCCUGAGGGCCCCCACCAACCCAGAGGACUGGGUGAUCUCGCUCUCCGAGGCUUACGUGAGGAAGGUCUUUAUUCAGGUCAACACUCGCAGGGCUACGGGCCUGUUCUCAGAGCAUGCACAGAUCAGCUUGCAAGCAUAUUCACUGUAAUUUUCAACCUCUCCUUGUCCCAGUCUGUAAUCCCCACAUGUCUUAAGAUAACUACCAUUAUUCCUGUUUCCAAGAACUCUAAAGCUUUAUGCCACAAUGACUACCGCCCUGUAGCACUCACAUCUGUAAUCAUGUGCUUUGAAAGGUUAUUCAUCCCAGACACCAGACAUACUGCCCCAACAGAUCCAUAGGCGAUGCAAUCUCAAUUGUGCUCCACACUACCCUUACCCACCUAGAUAAGAGGAAUGCCUAUGUGAGAAUACUGAUCAUUGACUACGUCUCAGCGUUCAACACUAUUGUUCCCUCCAAGCUCAUCACCAAGCUUAGGACCCUGGGACUGAACACCUCCCUCUGCAACUGGAGCCUGGACUUCCUGAUCGGCCAGCCCCAGGUGGUGAGGGUAGUCAACAUCGGGGGUCUUCUGACAACACGACGGCGGUAGGCCUGAUCACCACAGACCUACACACAGCCUACAGGGUGGAGGUCUGUGACCUGGCAGUGUGGUGCCGGGACAACAACCUCUCCCUCAACGUCAGUAAGACGAAUGAGCUGAUCGUGGACAACAGGAAACGGGGCUGCAGUGGAGCUGGUCAAGAGCUUCAAGUUCUUCUGUGUCCAAAUCACUAAAGACUUAAAAUGGUCCACUCACACGCACAGUCGUGACGGAAGCACGACAGCGCCUCUUCCCCCUCAGGAAGUUGAAAAGGUUUGGCAUCAAAUCAUCAAAAAGUUCUACAGCUGCACCAUUGAGAGCAUCUUGACAGGCUGUAUCACUGCUUGUUAUUUUACUGUAAACUUUUAUUUAAUCAGUGGAGCCCAAUUGAGACCAGGGUUUCAUUUUCAAUGGUGCCCUGAGACCACAAAGCAAAAGAGUAUUGCAAAUUACAAGUACACUACACCAGAACAUCACUAACAUCACAGCCAUCAUAAGCAGGUUACUAAAUCAAUCAAUCAAAACAAUUGCACACCUCGAACCCAUUUAUCAUCCGGUUUUUAAAAUGCCCUAGUGCACCAGGGAAUCCAAAUGUAAUGAAUUUUGUAAAUGAUUCCAAAAAUGUGGAGCGUGAAAACUUAAAGCAGAUUCACCUAAUUCCGUGAAGAUCUGAGGAUUCUGAAGAGUUAGCAAACCCGUUUACAGGGUUGGUUAUCUCAUUCUUUUAUACGUUAGCAACGAAGUUGGGUAAAUUGGAAGCUUGUGUAGUAGGGCUUUGUGAACAAAAAGGGAGUAAUACAUUGAUCUACGUGACCAGCCAAUCUAUUUAUAAAAAAGUAGCCCACAUUAAAUCUUAGCUUUUUAACUAGGUCAUCCGUAUGUUUUUUAAACAUUAAGUCUUUGUCAAUCCAGAUGUCCAGAUAUUUGUAGGCGGGAACCCGAUCAAUGGGAGAAACAUCCAAUUAAUAAAUAUGUAGUCCAUCUGAAACAUUCUUGCGAGAACUAGAGAACAACAUGUAUUUCGUCUUGAUCGCAUUAAGUACAAGUUUUAAACCAACCAGGGCUUUCUGAAUGGUAACAAGGUCAGAUUGCAGAUUCUAAUAUAGCCUGUUCAACAGUUGGGGCAAUGGCAUACAUUACAGUGUCAUCUGCGUACAGAUGAAUAUCACAAGUUUUAACAGAUAGACUAUUAUUUAAAUAAAUAGUAAAGAGAACAGGUCUUAAUACCGACCCCUGCGGUACACCUUAUGUGAUAUCCAGAAAACUAGACUUAACACCACCAGAGAUCACACAUUGAGUCCUGUCUGACAGAUAGUUUUCAAACCACUUGCAAGAAGCUUGAUCCAGGCUUAUUUCAGUCAACCUUUGAAUAACAAUGUGAUGGUCAACAGUAUUGAAGGACUUGGAAAGGUCUAUAAAUAAGGCAGCACAAUGAUUUAACAAUUUAACACAUCAUCAUAGCACAGUUUCAGCUGCUACACUUGUUAAUGUCCAGAUCUAAAACAGGAUUGGUGCACAUUAAAAAUAGAGGGAGAAGUUAAAGUUUUUGCUGAAAGUUAGUAUAUGAGAUUCUAAAACUUUGGAAAGGCAACAUAAUUUGGAAAUUGGACGGGAGUUAACUAAGUCAGAAGGAUCUCCUCCUUUAUGUAGUGGGAGGACAUUUACCGCUUGCCAUAUCUUCGAGAUAACACCAGAAACAAUUUUCAAGUAAAACAUAUAGGUCAGUGGUUCUGCAAUAAGUGGGGCAGAGAGCUGCAAUAAGAAGGAAUCAAGUGAAUCAGCCCCUAUGUUUUUUAGCAAAGUACAUCAGACCAGAGGCUGUCAACCUGCUGGGGCAACGAGGGGGUGGAGUUUUGUUUAAAGGAUUUGACCACUUUCCAAAAGUUGGCUGGAUUACCACCACUCUGAAAAACAAUUCAAGAAAUAUAAUGAUUUUGCUUUUGAAACCAGGGAUAGACAUCUGUUUCUCAAAUCUCUGAAGGACUGCCAAUCAGAUGUAGAAUCAGUCCGUCUAACCUUAGCCCAAGCUACAUUUCUUUCCUGUAAUUUCUCCGACAAUUCAUGCGUAAACCAAGGAUUACAUCAGUCUUUUACCCUUAAACAGGGAAAUAAAAAAAUAAGGGUUAAGGGCCUGAUCCACAUCAGUGAUAUUUGACACAAUCCCCAAGUCACUCAACCCCAGCUCAGAAAAAAUGUGCUCAUUCAAAUUCCUAAAAUGUAUCUUUAUAAUAAUGUGUGAGCAAUAUUUAGGUAGUUUACAUAUUAUUAUAAAAAGACAUUCUAGGAAUUUUAAUGAGCAAAAUGUUUUGUCUGAGAUGGCAAUGGCAACAACACCACCCUCGAUCAAAUGGUGCUGCAGAGAGUGGUGUGGACAGCCCAGUACUUCACUGGAGCCGAGCCCCCUGCCAUCCAGGACCUGUAUAUCAGGCGGUGUGAAAGGAAGGCCCGGAAAAUCGUCAAAGACUCCAGCCACCCAAGCCAUAGACUGUGCUCUGCUUCUGCACGGCAAGUGGUACCGGUUAAUUAAGUCCAACACCAACAGGCUCCUGAACAGCUUCUAUCCCGAAACCAUAAGACUGCUAAAUACCUUUCAGAAUUGUUACACGGACUAUCUGAGUUGACCCUUGUAUUUUAUUUUUGUAAUCUUUACACACUCACAGGAUUCUACACAGUUAUGCACACUGACAGUCCAAUACAAAACAUAACAUGCACACACAUGUAUACUGAUGCUACACACACACGCACUCCCAUACAAUCAUAAUUUAUGCUGAUACUACUCUGUCUAUCAUAUAUCCUGAUGCCUAGUCACCUUACCCGUUACAUACUCUAUAUAGGACCAAAAGUACACUUUUGUGGUGGAAAAAGUACCCAUUUGUCAUACUUGAGUAAAAGUAAAGAUACCUUAAUAGAAAAUGACUCAAGUGAAAAUCACCCAGUAAAGUACUACUUGAGUUAAAGUCUAAAAGUAUUUGGUUUUAAAUAUUCUUAAGUAUCAAAAGUAAAUGUAAUUGCUAAAAUAUGCUUAAGUUUCAAACGUACAAGUAUAAAUCAUUUCAUAUUCCUUAUAUUAAGCAAACCAGAUGGAACAUUUUUCUUGUUUUUUUAUUUACGGAUAGCCAAGGGCACACUCCAACACUCAGACAUAAUUUACAAACGAAGCAUGUGUGUUUAGUGAGUCGGCCAGAUCAGAGGCAGUAGGGAUGACCAGGUUUGUUCUCUUGAUAAAUGUGUGAAUUGGACCAUUUUUCUUUCCUGCCAAGCAUUCGAAAUGUAACAAAUACUUUUGGGUGUCAGGGAAAAUGUAUGGAGUAAAAAGUACAUUGUUUUCUUUAGUAAUGUAGUAAAGUAAAAGUUGUAAAAAAAAAAGUAAAGUACAGAUACCCCAAAAAACUACUUAAGUAGUACUCAACAGUAUUUUUACUUAAGUACUUUACACCACUGGUGGACACCUGCUCAGCGAACAUCUCAUUCUAAAAUCAUAGGCAUUAAUAUGGAGUUGGUCCCCCUUUCCUUCUAUAACAGUCUCCACUCUUCUGGAAAGGCUUUCCACUAGAUGCUGGAACAUUGCUGCGGGGACUUGCUUCCAUUCAGCCACGAGCAUUAGUGAGGUCGGGCACUGAUGUUGGGCGAUUAGGCCUGGCUCGCAGUCAGCGUUCCAAUUCAUCCCAAAGGUGUUCAAUGGAGUUCAGGUUAGGGCUCUGUGCAGGCUAGUCAAGUUCUUCCACACCAAUCUCAACAAACCAUUUCUGUAAGGAUUUCGCUUUGUGCAGCAUUGUCAUGCUGAAACAGGAAAGGGCCUUCCCCAAGUUGGAAGCACACAAUCGUCUAGAAUGUUAUUGUAUGCUGUAGCGUUAAGAUUUCCCUUCGCUGGAACUAAGUGGCCAUGAAAAACAGCCCGAGACCAUUAUUCCUCCAUCAAACUUUACAGUUGGUACUAGGCAUUCAGGCAGGUAGCGUUCUCCUGGCAUCCGCCAAACCCAGAUUUGUUCGGUGGAGUGGCAGAUGGUGAAUCGUGAUUCAUCACUCCACAGAACGCGUUUCCACUGCUCCAUAGUCCAAUGGCGGUGAGCUUUACACCACUCCAGCCAACGCUUGGCAUUGCGCAUGGUGAACUUAGGCUUGUGUGCGGCUGCUCGGCCAUGGACACCCAUUUCAUGAAGCUCCAGACGAACAGUUCUUGUGCUGAUGUUGCUUCUAGAGGCAGUUUGUAACACGGUUGUGAGUGUUGCAACCGAGGACAGACAUUUUUUACGCACUUCAGCACUCGGCGAUCCCGUUCUGUAAGCUUGUGUGGCCUACCACUUCGCGGCUGAGCUGUUGUUGCUCCUAGACUUUUCCACUUCAUAAUUACAGCACUUACAGUUGACUGGGGCAGCUCUAGAAGGGUAGAAAUUUGACAAACUGACCUGUUGGAAAGGUGGCAUCCUAUGACGGUGCCACGUUGAAUGUCACUGAGCUCUUCAGUAGGCCAUUCUACUGCCAAUGUUUGACUAUGGAGAUUACAUGGCAUGUGCUCGAUUUUAUACACCUGUCAGCAACAGGUGUGGCUGAAAUAGCCGAAUCCACUAAUUUGAAGGGGUGUCCACAAACUUUUGUAUAUAUAGUGUAUCUACCUCUAUCACUCCAGUAUUCCUGCACAUUGUAAAUAUGGUAUUGGAACUAACCCUGUAUCUAGCUUCUUACUUUCUCAUGUUCUGAUUUUUAUUUGUGUCUUUCUGUUCUACCUUAUGUUAUUUUUAGUGCUACAUUGAUAUUGAUUACUGCAUUGUUGGGUUUAGAGCUUGCAAUAAAUGCAUUUCACUGUACUUGUGCAUGUUACAUUGAAAAACUAUAAUAAAAUGUUAGUUUCUAUCUGA